AUGUCAAAAUUCACUUUCACUCUACUAACUAAUGAAUAUAUUCCUGAUGUUCGAGCACUUUUAUUAAAUUCGUUUUUCCUUCAUGAACCAUUGAAUGAACGAUUUGGUUAUAACUUACCAGAUGAAGUAGAAGAUUUUAUCGAUGAUGUAGUGAAAUGUGCUCUCCGUGAUCAAUGUUCAUUCGUUGCUCUCGAUGGAAAUCAACUUGCAGGCUUACUACAUCAAGCAAAGAAUGUUUAUGAUCAUUUCAAUGUUGAUCGUAUUUUAUAUACAGCAGUAAUUAGUGUUGAUCCAAACUAUCGUGGUCAACGAUUGAGUGAACAACUGCUGGAGAAAAGCCUCGAAUAUGCCAAAGAAUCGUUACAUCUCCAAGCGGCAUACACCGAAACUUCAUCAUAUUACUCGUUGAAGGCGUUCCUGAAAAUGAAUUAUGAAAGACUCUAUGAAAUUAUGUACGAAACGUAUGACAAAGAAAAAUUAUCAAAUAUGGGAGUUCAUGAUCGUUGCACAUUAGUUGGACGAAAACUGUGA